ACAAAUUUCUCCAUUAUACAUCAAAACUAAUAGGCGACUUUGAUUUCCGCUGGCUAGCUAGAUGACGUGUCUUUGCACACGAGUCGGAAACAAUGAAAAUAGUGUUGAGUGCAACAGAGCUGUAAAAAGGCGCUUUCGAUUGACCGCGGUGCGCAUCUCCUGCUCCGAAAAGCAUCUGAAGUUAGUGUAGGUCUACAUGUAGAUUACGCGUGAUUUUAUGCUGUUGUGUAAAAUGAUAAACACUACGACAGAAGAGACCAACUGGGUCUGGGCCUGGACCUGGACCUGCCCACGUUGUGCUUUAAUAUCUUAUCUAUCUAGCGGUUCCUAUUUCGUAUCCUAACUAUUAUAAUUUAGGUGACGAUGUUCCCUGUCUGGCCACACCUCCUGAUACUGACGUCAGUUGUGCCGUUCAGGUCAUGCUUGUUGGCAGUGAAUGGUGACUGUGGUCCUGGUGGAGUGGAGAUAGACAGGCGUAUGGCAGAGCAAACACAGCAACGGCAUCUCCAUGCACUCUUCUUGAAGUAUGGGCAAAAUGGGAGCAUCUCAUUAGCUGGUCUGCAGAAACUGCUGGAGGGGGUCGGGCUGGACCGCAUUAGGAAAGUAAUGGUGCAACACCACGGAAAUGAACACAACCAUACUCACAAACGCACACGUUCACCUGCGCACACACACAAACAUGUCUCACAGACACACACUGUUGCUAGCAAGAAGGAUGAUGACGGCUCUGGUGUCAAGAAGAAUGAUUUUGCCCCCAACCUGCAUCCUAAUUUCAUUUCUGGGAAGAAGAGCCAAACAGAUGUCCAUCACAAUCUCUACCUGAAAAGAGCUCCAGGGUCCACUACACUCCUGACCACACCCUCAUAUGCCACUACAUCUCACAGUCCGAAUCGUAGCACAGACUACAAUCUUAUGCAAGACCCAGUCCAGCCCAAUACAUCAAACUCUGACCACAACCACCAGAAUUCUUCCAUACAUUACCUAGAAGACCAUGAAAACCAUGAUGAUACUGAGCAUGAUAAUGAUCAUGGACAGAGUACCCUCAAUUACAGUCAAGAGUGCCAGAAUGCAACCUCUAUUCUGCGGUCCCAUGGUAUGUCCCAGGAAGUGUUUCUUUCUGUCCAUGACUUCAGCUUCCUCUGCCCCGCCCUCCUCACGCAGAUUGACUCUAAGUCCUGCUUUCUGCAUGCUGAGAACCAAUCAGGUUAUAAAAUUCAUAAUCACCAUCAUGAUCAAAUUGGUGAAAAAAGCCAGAAGGUAUCCUCCAUUCAUAUAGCUUGGAUCGGUGGAUUUUUUUCUAUCACUAUAAUAAGUUUGCUGGCUCUGGUAGGCGUGGUCUUAAUUCCACUCAUCAACAGAGUCUUUUUCAACUUCCUGCUCAGCUUCUUGGUUGCUCUCGCAGUAGGCACGCUCAGUGGAGAUGCCUUCCUGCACCUCAUACCACAUUCUCAGGGUUACCACAAGCAUCACCAUUCAGCCAAUGAGAGUUUGGAGCAUGAUCUACAUGGUGAUAUUGAGGAUUCUCUAAAGCCUGUUUGGACAGGGCUUACAGUGCUGGGCGGAGUUUAUAUCAUGUUCCUCAUUGAGCACUUUCUGACCCUUGCAAAAAUGUACAAAGACAAAAAACAGAAGGUGCUAAAAAGGACAGAAUUGGCUGAUGCAAUUCUUGAGUCUGAGAAAUUGCAAUCGCUGGAAGACCUUGAUGUUAAACCACUGGAUGACUCUGGUGCAAAUGGUGGGCAUGGGCGUAGCCUGCCAGAGGAAGAGGAAGUGAUGUUAUCUCAGGGCUGCUACACAGAUGAGGAUUGUGAGAACAAAUGCCAUUCCCACUUCCACGACACUGUUGGCCAGUCGGAUGAACAGCACCACCAUCACCAUGACUACCACCAUAUCCUACACCACCAUCACUCUCAGAACCACCACCCCCACACGCACACACACAGACACACCCAGUCGUACUCUGUGCAGCACUUUGAGCAUGCUGGGGUUGCCACCCUUGCCUGGAUGGUUAUCAUGGGAGAUGGUCUACACAACUUCAGUGAUGGAUUGGCUAUAGGAGCAGCAUUUACAAAGGGUUUGUCUAGUGGUCUGAGCACUUCAGUUGCUGUGUUCUGCCAUGAGCUUCCUCACGAGCUGGGUGAUUUUGCAGUCCUAUUAAAGGCAGGGAUGUCUGUGAAACAGGCAAUUCUCUAUAAUCUGCUCUCAGCAUUGAUGGGCUACCUGGGGAUGGUUACAGGCAUUCUAAUUGGUCACUAUGCUAAGAACGUGGCCAUGUGGAUCUUCGCUCUUACAGCUGGUCUCUUCAUGUAUGUUGCACUGGUGGACAUGGUCCCAGAGAUGCUGCAUAAUGAUGCCACUGCGGCAGGGUUCAGUCACUGUGGAUUCUUCGUGUUGCAGAAUGCUGGCAUUUUGCUUGGUUUUGGCAUCAUGCUUAUCAUCGCUGUGUUUGAACAAAAGAUCCAGCUUAGCAUAGACUUCUGACCCCAUCCAUGACCUUCGGUUUCCCAAAUCUGUUCCAUAGCUCCUAGGAGAUGACUUGGUUUCAGAUGACCUUGUGAACUUUUGCCUUCACUCUUCAAUUUAAAGUGAACUUUGUAAAGUGUAUGAAUUUGUUUGGCUGCUAACAGUAAAUGGCAUUACUGUCAUUUAAUCUGAACCAUUAAUCAAGUUUUCUGCAAUUAGCGAGAUUGUUUUGCAUCAAAAAUAUCUUGGUUUAUCUGAAUUGAUCACAUGAGAUUGAAAUGGCAGAGAAUGUUACAUUGUAUUGGGCCAGACUUCAGUUGUUUCGCAUGGGUUCUGUAAACAUCUAGUCCCCUGUAGUCAGCAGCAGUAGGUUUCUCUGCUGUAGUGCAAUGUGGAGCCAGUGGACAUUUGCUCACCUGGCUGGCCAUGGAGACCCUGGUACCCAGGUGCUCAUCAGUAGUGCUGAUAUUGAUAAAACAAUAUUCUCCAAUAAAGACAAAUUGAUGUGCUUGGCUUGAUAUCCUAAUCCUAAACUACUCACCAGUACCACUGAUGUCAGUAACAUCAGAAAGUAUGCUUUUGUCAGCAGCUCUGUUCGGCGGCUUAGUGUUGAUCUGUAAUCGUUUAGUAAUGUGUGUAGUAGUUUAAGUGCUUCUUUUACUCACAUCUGAUUUCACCUGUAAGCAACAUGAUUCUCUAACUCGAUCAUGUUAUCAGUAUUGUAGCUGCAGGUCAAGCAGUCAAUCACAAGAUGGGAAUAAUGGUUGUCAGUCUAAUAACUCGGUUGCUUCUCUGUGUAGUGUUCACUUCUUCAGAAAAGAGAUAAAUUAUUAUUUUUUAAAUAAGUGAUAAGUAGUAGACAUGAUAAAAGCUUAUUGUAUUUGUCAUUUUUUAUGGCAUUUAUUUAUGUUCAUUGUGGCAGCUUGGCCAGCAACUGAUCAUCUUUUAUGUGCUGUUACAGUGUGUGAAUUCUUGUUUUUCACAUUCCAUUACAGUAAAAACUUUACGGAGAACA